AUGAGUGACGAUGGAGAAGAGGAAAGGGCAAUGUUAGAGUUCACCCCAACUUGGGUGGCUGCCGCAGUAUGUACAAUCAUCGUGGCCAUCUCCCUCGCUGCCGAGCACCUUCUCUAUUAUGCCGGCAAGGUGGUUUAUUGUUCAUCUCUCUUCCACAAGCACUUGCUGCAAGGACUUUUGUCUGCAAUGAAUCAACUGCCAGAUAAAGCAAUUGCUUUAGCCGCUGCAUCACACAUUGAGAGAGAACUGCAGAUAACACCAUGGAAUUUGAGUAGCAAUUUUGUGGCCUGUACAAAAAAGAAUGAAGAAAAGAUUGACCGUUUGGAGAUUACUGGAAGCUUUCGAAGUCAGAUUUUUACGCAUUUUGUCUGUUAUGUCAGGUACAAAUUUUGA